AUGGAGGAGCCUACUAGCUCUCUGGUCUCGGUUGGCCGAGGCUGGCCGCGUGAUCUCUUGGAGCGAGAGGUCCGCGUCGCAACGCUGCACGAUCCGCCGCACUUGUUUGUCGAGCGGCGCGCCGACGGCUCCUUCAGUCACGGCGGUUUUCUGUUCGAGCUGUGGACGAUCCUGGCGGCGCGGCUCGGCCUGCGGUACCGUUUCGUUCCGAUGGUGAACGGCUCCUUCGGCUCGCUCACCACCAACGGCACCUGGGCGGGCCUGGUGGGCGAGCUGGCCUACGGGCGCGCCGACCUGGCGCUCACCUGGCUGUUCCGCAGCGGCGACCGCUUGGAGGUGAUCGACUUUGUCAGCAGCGCGCCCAUCGACUCGUUCCAGACGGGUCUGUUCGUGCGCCGCGGCGCGCCGGGCGCGGCCGGGCUGUCGCUCAGCGCGCUGACGCGGCCGCUGGGCGCCGACGUCUGGUGGACGCUGCUGGCCGCGAUCGUGGCGCUGUCGGCGGCGCUGCGGCUGACGCUGGUGGUCUCCAGCCGGUCGGCCGAGCAGCGUCGGACGGUCUCAGAGCUCGGCUGGGGCUCCUGUCUGCUGGCCAGCUACAUGGCGAUGGUGGGCCAGGGCUGGGCGCGCACGCCCCGCUCGCUGGCCGGCCGCGCCAUCACCGUCUGCUGCUGGACGCUGGGCCUGCUGGUCUACAGCAGCUACACGGCCACGCUGGUCUCCCACCUGGCCAGCCCGACCAGCCGAGCGCCCAUCAGCAGUCUGAGCGAGUUCUUCGCACAGCCCGGCUGGAGGCUGGCUACCCGGCCCGGCACCAGCGCGGAAAACCAUUGGAAAACCAGCAGCAGCCACAAUGAACGACAACUCUACCAUCUCAUACAUGAUGGUGAAUAUAUACGGAUAAAGGAUGAAGGAAAUGAAAAGAGUUAUUUGUUACAGCCUAAAGUAAUGAUUUCUUGCGACCAGAAGUCUUUGCAUCGUAUGUUUGGUCAGCACGCUUGCGAGUUCCAGAUGCUGUCGCCAGACACAAUGCUCAAUAAAGGAAGUGGUUAUCUACCGAUCGCGAAAGGACAAAUUGACCUGAAGGAGGGCAUAGAGGCUGAGCUACAAAAGAUGAACGAGGCAGGAAUACUGGGACGGCUGCGGAACAAAUGGGUGGAGAUCGACACCAAGGUGUGCGUGCCGUCUCAGCAGUACCGGCCGCUGAGUUUCGCCAACACGCUGGCGGUGUUGGCCAUCGUUCCGCUGGCGGUGCUGGUCAGCAGCUGUCUGCUGGCCGUCGAGACGGUCGUCGGACGAGCGCAGCUGUGGAGCCGGUGGCGGCUGCCCCUGCUGUGGAGAGUCUCCGCUUGCACCGCUCCCAGCCGUCAGCUCAGCGCCGCGGAGGGAGCGCCGGUCACGGGCGAGCUGCUGGGCCAGCGCUCAGAGCUGACAGACCAGCGCUCAGAGCUGCUGGACCAGCACUCGGAGCUGCUGCCGUACCAGCACUCGGAGCUGCCCGACCAGCGCUCGGAGCUGCCGGACCAGCUGCCCAAACAGCACUCGGAGCUGCCGGACCAGCGCUCGGAGCUGCGCCGGAGGCGGCGCUGGCUCAGCGAGCUGCGCGCACAGCUGGCUGAAAUGAGCGGCGGCGAGAGACAGCGACUGCGCGCCGCCAUCGAUGCCACCUUCGACGACUGA